ACUGUGGUAAGUGCUGUAAGGUCAAGGUAACAAAUGAUAGCAAGUGAUAAAACUAGUCCUUAAUCCAAAACUAGAGUUAAAACGGAGAACCAUGAGCUCCAUGACAAUACCAGAGACGAAGGGCCCCAUGAUACUACUUGCAGGCAAUUCACAUCCAGAGCUUGGUCAGCUUGUUGCAAACAAACUAGACAUCAAGCUUGCAGAUGUUUCUAUCUACCACAAGCCAAACAGAGAAACUAUUGUUGAAAUAAAAGAAUCCAUUAGAGGGAAAGAUAUUUAUAUAUUACAAACUGGAACCAAGGAUGUCAACAAUGAUGUCAUGGAGUUGCUGAUUUGUGCCUAUGCUUGUAAAACAAGCUCAGCACGAAAUAUCAUUGGGGUCAUUCCAUAUUUGCCAUAUUCCAAACAAAGCAAGAUGCGCAAACGUGGGUCAAUAGUUUGUAAACUUCUAGCAACCAUGAUUUCUGAGGCAGGGUUUAGUCAUAUCAUUACGAUGGAUUUACAUCAGAAAGAGAUUCAGGGAUUUUUUCAUGUCCCUGUUGAUAAUCUACGAGCAUCACCCUUUUUAGUUGACUAUAUCCAAGAAUCAGUUCCAGAUUAUAGGAAUGCAGUGAUCGUGGCCAGAAACCCAAACUCUGUAAAGAGAGCAACUUCCUAUUCAGAGAGGCUGCGACUUGGCAUUGCUGUGAUACAUGGAGAAGAACGUAUACCAGAGUCAGAGGAGGAUGAUGGCAGGAACUCGCCACCAACAGUCGUGACUAUGGAAGGAAAAGGCAAUCCCACAGGGCUGGAGAUUUUGCCAAUUAUCAAACCAAAAGAGAAGCCUCCACUUAAUGUUGUAGGAGAUGUUGGCGGCCGUAUUGCAAUAAUUGUGGAUGACAUGAUUGAUGAUGUGGAAUCAUUUGUAAAAGUGGCAGAGAUUUUGAAGGAUCGUGGAGCAUACAAAGUAUUUGUCAUGGCCACCCAUGGAAUUCUGUCUAGCGAUGCACCUUCUUUGAUUGAGGAUUCCUGCAUUGAUGAAGUUGUUGUAACUAAUACAGUCCCCCAUGAAGUGCAGAAAAUGCAGUGUCACAAAAUCAAGACAGUUGAUAUCAGCUCAUUGCUUGCAGAAGCCAUUCGUCGUAUCCAUUAUGGUGAAUCCAUGUCCUACCUCUUCAGAAACAUUGGUAUGGAUGAUUGAGUUUGGUGUCAGUUAGCAUGGAUGUUUAACCCCAUAAUCAUCGUCAAACAUGCAGAUGCUCAACAUCUUUUUGUUCAGAAAGAUUCCUGUCUUUGGAAAGGCUUUCAGAAGGUUAAAUGGUAUAAUUUAUCUACAGUUUGAACUUAUUGUUUAUUGUUGGUAAUUGACUUUUUUUUAGUAUCCUUUAUUUGUCGAUCGUCACUUUCUAUCUCAAUUCUUUUAUCUGGCAUUUGUUUGAAAUAAGAUAUUUUAUACUACUGUUGCAUUUAUGUGUAAAUAGGAGACAUGGCUGAUGGUAAACAGUUUUCUAAUUUUUUUUUCAUUUUUGCUAUACGUCCUUUCCAUCAACAUAUGAAAAAAUGUCUUUGAGACCAGUUUCCAAUAAUAUUAUGUCUGUGCAUCUUUGUAAAGUACUUUGAUGGUGGGGUAAAGCACUGUAUAAAUAUGAAAAACAGUCAAAUUGGUUGUCUUAUGUGUCAGAUAUGUUCUUUAAUGCAUUGAAAGUGUGUCCUUCAAACACGUCACCUGCUUCAAGAAAAUAAAAUACUGCGCAAAUUUGUAGUUGGAUCAACACAAAGCAUCAUUUUUCUGUUUUGGUGAUGUAAUAAGUUCUGCACAAAAUCUCUUAAACUACCUGUGUCAUUGAAAAGUUUUGAGGACAAAGCAGCUGGAGAUUUGAUAUCAUUGAUUUGCAUAGUUUGACAAACACAUGUAUCAUGUGUUCUGCUUCUUGCCUAGUUGAAUGUACAAACCUCAUAUUCUGCCUGUUUUUUUAGUUUUCUCAUUUUAAUUGUUGGUAUGACAAUUCAGAAACACUGUUUUGUCUUGACACUUUGUAGCAAUUGAGAAAUAAGGGUUUAUUGAACUGCAGUUGAGAACUAGUAUUCUAUUGAACCACCUUGUGGCAGCUCAAGUGUGUUGUGUCAAAUUUAGUUGGCAGCUUUGGCAGCCUUGUAAGAGAUGGCACAAAUUGUUUGAUAAAGCACAGUUAGUUUAAAAAUAUCUUUGCCAUUAUUUUCUUGACAAAUAAAUUGGGAAUGAAUGACUCAUCUUGCCUGAUAUGAAUAUGCAAUAACAAAGUGUAAACGUGCAUUUUGGGCAUGUACAAGUACUGAUGUCUCAAAGCUUAGUUUGGCUGUUCAUUUGGAACAUGAGUAGCUUCAGAUGUCUUCUCUUUUGUAAAAGUGUUUUCCUUAAUAAAAGAUUCUAAAGCAUUAUUAUGAGUUAUGUCAGUUGGUAACAGAUCAGCACAAAAUGUUUAAUACAAUCAUGUAAUGUUGCAACAUCAUUUAGAGAACUAAAUGUAUAUAGUUAUAUAGACAUUUUUCUUCCAUCGUUACAGAUAUUCUAGUACUACUGUAUGCUAUUGCAAAAUUAACUAACAGCAAGUUCUUGAAAGAUAUCAAAGAAUGUACCAUGAAAUUUGCUGCGUAUUUUCAUUCUGUAAAAAUUUUAUUACCAGCUCAGGUAGCUUUUGUUUGUUCCAAGUUAUGAUGGUGGGAGAACCCUUUAUUUUUUUGUCAUGGAGUAGAUUGAGAGUGGUACCCCACCCCCAUUACACCUUUAUACUCUUUCUUUGGAGUGCUUGUUUUUAACCUUCAUUUUCUUUUUAUAUUAGUCCCAAAUGUGUGCACAUAAAGUGGGAUGUAAUUUCAAGCAUUCAUGGCAUUACUGCAACAGCUAAGUAAAGGUAGAUUUGGCAUGUA